CUCCAGUCCGACUUCGCCAUCGACGGCAACCAUUCAACCAUCAGCACAGGGGACGUCCUUCGAGGUACUCCUGAUUACGACACCGCCAAGAUGGCGCCGCCUCAGGACACACUGUUCCGCUCUGCGGACAUGUCCUUAACGCAGCUGUAUAUUUCUAACGAAAUCGGUCGCGAAGUUGUCAGCGCUCUGGGAGAGCUGGGUGUCAUGGACUUCAGAGACUUGAACGCCGAGACUACUGCCUUCCAGCGCACCUUCACGCAAGAAAUCCGCAGGCUCGACAAUGUGCAGCGCCAACUCCGCUACUUCCACGCCCAGAUGGACAAGUCCAACAUUCCCAUGCGUUCCAUCUACGAAUUCGACAACACGAUUGCCGCCCCUUCUGCCUCCGAAAUCGACGAACUCGCCGACCGCAGCCAGAGCCUCGAGAACCGCAUCGCUUCGUUAAACGAGAGCUACGAGACCCUGAAGAAGCGUGAGGUUGAGCUUACGGAGUGGAGAUGGGUGCUUAGAGAGGCUGGUGGCUUUUUCGAUAGGGCUCGUGGCCAGACCGAGGAAAUCCGUCACUCCAUGGACGACGAGGAUGACGCUCCUCUUCUCCAGGAUGUCGAGCAGCGCAACGGUGACGUUGCUGGUGAACGUUCCUUCUCCGUCAUGAACAUCGGCUUUGUCGCUGGUGUUAUCCCGAGGGACCGUAUUGCUGCUUUUGAGAGGAUCUUGUGGCGCACUCUCCGUGGUAACCUCUACAUGAACCAGUCGGAGAUCCCCGAGCAGAUCAUCAACCCCGAAACCAACGAGGGCAUUAACAAGAACGUGUUCGUUAUCUUCGCUCACGGAAAGGAAAUCAUCGCCAAGAUCCGCAAGAUUUCCGAGUCCCUUGGCGCGGACCUCUACAGUGUCGAUGAGAACAGCGAUCUCCGCCGUGACCAGAUUCACGAGGUCAACACCAGGUUGGGCGACUUGAACAACGUCCUGCGCAACACCAAGCAGACUCUGGAUGCUGAGCUUACUGCCAUUGGACGUAGCUUGGCCGCUUGGAUGGUUAUUAUUAAGAAGGAGAAGGCUGUUUAUGAGACGUUGAAUAGAUUCUCGUAUGAUCAGCAGCGCAAGACUCUGAUCGCCGAGGCUUGGGCACCGACCAACUCUCUUGGUCUGAUCAAGUCAACCCUCCAGGAUGUCAAUGACCGCGCUGGUCUGUCGAUCCCGACCAUUGUCAACCAGAUCAAGACGACGAAGACUCCGCCGACCUAUGUCAAGACGAACAAGUUCACGCUUGCUUUCCAGACCAUCAUUGACGCCUACGGUACCGCCAAGUACCAGGAAGUCAACCCUGGUCUGCCUACCAUUGUUACCUUCCCCUUCCUGUUCGCCGUCAUGUUCGGUGAUUUUGGUCACGGUAUGAUCAUGACACUUGCCGCUGCUGCCAUGAUCUACUGGGAAAAGUCCCUUUCCCGUAGCAAGCUGGACGAGCUGUUCUCCAUGGCUUUCUUCGGUCGUUAUAUCAUGCUUAUGAUGGGUGUCUUCUCCAUGUACACUGGUCUGAUCUACUGCGAUGCUUUCUCCAAGGAACUUGCUAUCUUCCCUUCCAUGUGGGAGUGGCCCGAAGGUUUCAAGGAGGGUGACAGCGUCGAGGCUAUCCGUAAGGAGGGUUACACCUACCCCUUCGGCUUGGAUUGGAGGUGGCACGAUACUGAGAACGACCUGCUGUUCUCCAACUCCUACAAGAUGAAGCUGAGUAUUCUGUUGGGUUGGGCUCACAUGACGUACUCCCUUUGCCUUUCCUACAUCAACGCCAAGCACUUCAAGUCCCCCAUUGACAUUUGGGGCAACUUCGUUCCCGGAAUGGUCUUCUUCCAGUCUAUUUUCGGUUACCUUGCUUUUGCCAUUGUGUACAAGUGGUCCGUCGACUGGUAUGCCAUCGGCCAGGCUCCUCCUGGAUUGUUGAACAUGCUCAUCUACAUGUUCUUGUCGCCCGGCACCAUCGAAGAGCCGCUGUACCGUGGCCAAGGUGCUUUGCAAGUUCUCCUGCUCCUGGUCGCCGUGGCCAUGGUUCCUAUUAUGCUGUUCCUUAAGCCAUUCUACCUCCGCUGGGAGCACAACAAGGCGCGUGCCCUUGGUUACCGCGCCGUCGGUGAGUCGAGCCGUGUCUCCGCUCUUGACGAGGAUGACGAGCACACGCCCAUGAACGGCGGACGCGAAAGCUUCGGUGAUGAUGAUGAGGGCGCUGCGCUCAUCACUCAGGACAUCAGUGGUCACGGCGAGCACGAGGAGUUCGAGUUCAGCGAGGUCAUGAUCCACCAGGUCAUCCACACCAUUGAAUUCUGCCUGAACUGCGUGUCGCACACGGCAUCGUACCUUCGUCUGUGGGCCCUGUCGCUCGCUCACCAGCGUCUUUCCAUUGUGUUGUGGCAGAUGACGAUCGGCAUUGCCUUCAAGCAGACCGGUGCCGUGGCUGUUAUCGCCGUCGUUUGCCUGUUCUACCUCUGGUUCGUCCUCACCGUCAUGGUGCUGUGUAUCAUGGAGGGUACGUCGGCCAUGUUGCACUCGCUGCGUCUGCACUGGGUCGAGGCCAUGAGCAAGCAUUUCAUUGGUGAUGGUGUCACCUUUGAGCCUUUUAGCUUCAAGGUCCUGUUGGAGGAAGAGCCUGUUGAGUAAGCGGGCUGCCUCCCUUCGCUUUAAGCGGCGUGACGUUGCAUGCAACCUGACGUGCCUUGAGCGGUUAAUUUUUUGGGUUGUUGAGCGGAAUGGUUGUGUAGAUCAAGUUGCUGGCAGGAGAGGUUGUAUAGAUAGUUCGCGCGCGCCUAUGUUAUAGUUAUAGAAUUAUUGCUUUCAUAUCUGGUUUCUCUGUUUGUAUCGUACGUGCCAUUAAUUGCUUACAGUCGUGAUCCAAACUCGGGGGAUAUUGGUGUAGUG